CGAACUACCCUCCAUCUCUCUCUCUCUCUCUCUCUCUCUCUCUCUCUCUCUCUGCCUAACAUGCACCUACUCCUCCACUGUCUUCUGACUCUUCUCCUCACCUCUCAUGCACAAACUCCAUCUCUCGCCCAAACCCAACCUUUGGGUUUCACCACCCAUCUCAUCCACCGCGACUCCCCCUCCUCCCCAUUCCACAACCCUUCCGCAACCAAACGCGACCUCUUACGCGCCGCCUUCCUCCGCUCCAUUUCCCGAAGAAACCACAUACUUCGCCGCGCCACCCCGGCCUCCAAAGCUGGUAUAGACACCACCCUCUCCGAAGCCGACGGCGACUACCUCAUCCAGCUCUCCUUCGGUACCCCGCCGGUGCACCAAGUUCUCCUCAACGCCGACACCGGCAGCGACCUUAUUUGGCUCCAAUGCACCCCCUGUGGCCACUGCUUCACCCAAGACGCCCCUCUAUUUAACCCGGCCAACUCAUCCGGGUACAAAAUCUAUUUAUGCAAUUCGGACACUUGUAAGACCCUCCCCAUUUACGCCUGCGUCAGGAAUAUCAUCCCGAAAGACGCUUGUGGGUACUACUACAGCUACGGAGACAAUUCCCUCAGCAUUGGGAUCCUUUCCCAAGACACAAUCGCUUUGAACUCCAUCUCGGGCCGGGUCCAUGCUUUCCCCGGAUCUGUUUUUGGGUGCGGGCGCGUCAACGAUGGUCUCUUCACGAGCCACGAGUCGGGCAUGGUCGGUCUCGGUCGCGGACCCUUGUCUCUGAUUUCCCAAUUGGGUGCUAAAAUCGACUACAGAUUUUCCUACUGCCUUAUCCCGUUGAGUUCGAACCGGACGAGCAAGUUGAGUUUGGGAAAAGAAGCGCUCGCCGGUAAGAGAGGCGCCGUUUCGACUCCUCUCGCGUCUCCACAGCCACCCUCGACGUACUACUACGUUACUCUAGAGAGUGUUACGGUGGGAAGGAAAACGUUUCGGGCGGCGGUGAGCGGGAGCGAAGGGAACAUCAUAGUAGAUUCCGGGACGACGUUCACGUUUCUGGAACCAAAGGUUCACAGUGGCGUGGAAGCGGUGGUGAAAAGCAUGUUCAGCCAUCUACGGCCGACGACGGACCCGAAUAAUCCAGACGCGCUGUGUUAUGAAGCGAGCCCGAAGCGGGUUAAGUUGCCGGACAUGGUGCUCAAAUUUAAGGGUGGGGCUCAGAUUCGGUUGAAGGCGGCGAACGUGUUUAUAACGGGGGAUGAUGGGUUUUGCCUUGUCAUAUUUUCUAGUACUAGUACUGGGUUGUCCAUAAUUGGAAAUGUGGCGCAGGCAAACUUCGAGGUGGAAUUUGAUAUUAAGAAGAAGCUGGUGUCGUUUGCUCCCAAGGAUUGUACUAAAGUUUAGUCGUUGGACAGAGCAGUUCCAAUUAAUCGUCUUUAUCCAUAUAUGGACUAUGGCUCCUUAGAACUAAAGUUUAGUACUUGGACAAAGCAGUUCCAAUUAAUCGUCUUGAUGAUCUAUAUAUGGACUUUGUAACAAUUAAAAUGAAUAAAAUGAAUAUUGUUGCGUUAACUUGAUUUUCAGGUCAA